CCUCCAUGGGCCCGCGGGCCCGCACAUGAGCACCGAGGACGCGGCCGCAGCCAUGGCUGAGGGCAGCGAGCUGACGAGCAGACUCAUGAGCGAGAAUGCGGACCUCAAGAAGCAGGUGCGGCUCCUGAAGGAGAACCAGAUGCUGAGGCGGCUGCUCAGCGAGAGCUGCCAGGAGAGCUGCGGGCGCGGGCGCCGCGACCUGCUCCUCCCCCAGGCGCCCGCCUACCCCGAGGCCUGCUCCCCCGGGGGCCCAGAUUUUGGAAGGUUCACCAGUGGCCCUGAUGCGCCCUCCCAGCUGCAGGCGUCCUCCCUGGAGGACCUGCUGUGCUCACACGCCCCCCUCUCCAGCGAGGACGACGCCUCGCCAGGCUGUGCCACCUCUGCCCAGGCGCCCUUCAAGGCUUUCCUCAGCUCCCCGGAGCUGCGCGUGCCCCACGGCUCUGACCGGAAGCUGUCCCCGCUCCUGAGCCCCUUGCAGGACCCGCUGGCGGACAAGACCCUGCUGGAGCCCAGGGAGGUGAGCCGGCCCAAGAAGGUGUGCUUCUCGGAGAGCAACCUGCCCUCUGGGGACAGGACCAGGAGGAGCUACUACCUUAACGAGAUUCAGAGCUUUGCCGGCACUGAGAAGGACGGGCGCAUCGUCGGAGAAAUCGCCUUCCAGCUGGACCGGCGCAUCCUGGCCUAUGUCUUCCCAGGGGUGACCCGGCUCUACGGCUUCACAGUGUCCAACAUCCCUGAGAAGAUCAAGCAGACGUCCAUCAAGUCCCUGGACGGCUCGGUGGACGAGAAGAAGCUGCGGGAGCUGACGCACCGCUACCUGACGCUAACGGCGCGCCUGGAGCGGCUGGGCUACAACCGCGACGUGCACCCGGUGUUCAGCGAGUUCCUCAUCAACACCUACGGCAUCCUGAAGCAGCGGCCCGACCUGCGCGCCAACCCGCUGCACAGCAGCCCGGCCGCCCUGCGCAAGCUGGUCAUCGACGUCGUGCCCCCCAAGUUUCUGGGCGACUCGCUGCUGCUGCUCAACUGCCUGUGCGAGCUCUCCAAGGAGGACAGCCGCCCGCUCUUCGCCUGGUGAACCCGCAGCCCCGCGCCUCCUGCAACCAACGCGCGCUGCAGCCCGGGCGCCGCGCGCCUCCUCGCUCCCCGGAGGGCACCGAGGCCGCCAGGGCCCGGCGCGCCGCCGCCUGCGCUGUCCCGCCUCUCCGGCCGGCGCCCCGGCGCCCGCCCCGCCGCCCACACCUGCGCGGCGAGCCGCACCCAUUAAAGUCGUCCGUUUGCUGUUC